UUUUGUUCCAUACUGAACACUUUUUUUUCGUUCAUCGGUCGUCUCAAUCUUUUUCUUCCCCCGACAUCCAAAAAAACUCCCAUCAGAAACACAGAAAGCAAAAAGGUUCGGGAUGCCGCGCUAUGACAGUGGAUCGGACGACGACGACGAUCGCCGGUAUGGCCGUCGUGGAGGCAGCAGCAGCAGUGGCGGCUCGUCGUCCAUGAUGGGCGGCUCGCUCAACUCCCGCGAACGCGAGCGCGACCUUGCAUUGCGUGAACGCGAUCGCGCACGAGCAGAGCUGGAGCGGGAGGCCCGCGAGCGCGAGGAGGCCUCGGCAGAGCGUGAACGGGCGCUCUCUGGCGACGGGAGCUCGGGCUCGGGCUCGUCCUCGGGGCGGGCGGGCCGAUCCUCCGCUGGCGACCGCCGUGGCGGCAGCUCCCGAGACAGCCGCGACUCUCGGGGCAGCCGCGACGACCGCGACGGGCGAGGCGACCGUGAAAGCAGAGAUCGCCACAAUCACAGUGGCAGCAGUAGCGGAGAUCGCAGCAAUACUGCUCCACCUGCUCCCAACGGUGGCUUUGUGUUUGAGCAGCUUGCACCAGCAAAGGCGGGCUCGGCACGGCCGCUUGCAAAUGCCGCCGAGAACAAGGCGCAACUGCGGUCAAUCAUUGUGCGCAUUGGCGAAAAGUCCUCAAGGUCGAUUGAAUACAACCUCCAUCGCAUCACCUUGCUGCUGGCGUCCGACUUGAGCGUGCGCGAACUCCGCGAGCACAUUGUGCGCACUCUCAUCUCGUGCAUUUCCGAGCUGCCGGAAAAGACAACCAUUUACUCGACUUUGGCGGGUCUGUUGUGCAGCUUGGACAUUACCUUGAUUCCCGAGCUGAUUGAGCGUUGCUGCGAGCGCCUGCAAUUCUGCCUCGAGCACAGUCUGCACCGGCACGCCAAGCUCACCGUCCGCUUUUUGGCGGAUUUGGUGAAUGUGCGUGUCGUGCAACCCAGCUCAUUGCUGGUACUGCUCGAUUCAUUCUUGGCCGUGACCAACGAGCCGCAAGUCACCCAGCGUCGUGCCGAUUACUACGUGUUUUUGGUACUCUCUGCCCUUCCCUGGGCCGGGCCUUUCCUGAAUGUGUCGCGACCCAACGAAUUUGCGCGCCUGAUUGCCUUUUGCGAAACCUUCAUCCAGCGGAGAAGGGAAAGCGAACUGUUUGUGGACGCCAUCCGAGUGUGGACGUCCGUGGACGGCUUGCCCCAGGAAGAAUAUCUCAUCAGCUUGUGGAACCAGAUUGUCAAUCUCCGUGCCACAAACUGGGACGAGAGUGUGAUUCUGCGCCCGUACAUGACGUUCAGCGAGCAGCUUGAUCAUUGUGUUCCGAGCCCCCUGACUCCCAUCACUGUGCCAGCUCAUUCACUGGCCUCGUCCUACCCGCUUCCACAAGUCAUCUUCCGCCUGUUCACCGCCGAAGAUACACCAGAGCCUCCUGUCUUGCCGGCGGCCGACUCUAUCGACCGUUUCACAUUCGGCGACAUGAUUCAGGAUUUGGUUUUCUUCUACGAGCCCAACCGCAAAGAGUGUCUCCGGUCACUGUCACAAAUCCCUGCCGGCCAAUACCCCGUGGAUCAUAUGAUUAUUGAGUCGCUCUUUGCCGAUUUGUUCGCCCUCCCCAACCCUCCGCAUCGCGAGGUCUACUAUUCUACGCUUCUUAUUGAGUAUACUCGCGAUUCUCGCACUUUGGACGAAGUGCUGCAACAAGCAAUCCAGCGCAUUUACGAGCGACUCGAGUUUAUGGAUGUUGCUUGUGUAAACCGAUUCUGCGAAUGGUUUGCCAUGUAUCUCAACAAUGGCGGCUUCCAGUGGGACUGGAAUCGCUGGUCGGAAAUCCUUACCCUGGAUCCGCUUCAUCCUAAAGUCAUCUUCUUCAACGAGACGCUCUUGCGCGUGCGGCGGUUGAGCUUCCACGAGCGUCUGAUCAAGAUGCUACCUGAAGACUUUCACUCGCUUCUUCCGGCACCGCCAUUGCCGUCCUACCCGUUCGAGGAGACUGAAGCUACUCAAGAUGCCAGCGUUGCGAAGGCCCUGGUCACUUCUUACUUGAACAAAGAGUCCAAAGCCAACGUGCUGAACGUGCUGAACAUGGUCGAAGAGUCAUCCAAUCCGGAGCUCACUUUGGCGCAGGCCAGGUUCCGACUCUUCUUGUUCUCGCUGCUUCAGGCGGGCUCCAAGUCUCUGAGUCACAUUUCCACGCUACUUGAGCGUUAUAUCGAAGCAUUUGAUGACUUUACGCAAAUGUACGGCGGCGACGACAGCGCAGCUGAAUCGUUGCGUUUUGACACAAUCAAGAUUCUGACCGAGUUUUGGAAGGAUAACGAGCAAAUGCUCAUCAUUCUGAUUGACAAACUCAUCACCCUGCGUCUGCUCACGCCCUCCACGGUCGUGGAAUGGCUGUUUUUGUCCGAGAAUGUGGUCAACUUCCACCGGUUUUACUACUGGGAGAUUGUCAUCAACUCGCUGAGCAAGCUGCAGUUCAAGAGCCAACAGGCUCGCCAAGCUUACAACAAGGCACGGCUCGACCUCGAUGACACCAUGCGCAAGCGGAACGAAGAGCGGGCUCUGCUCAACGAGCAGCUUCAGGAGCUCACCGGAAUGGGCAGCACCCUCUCCGAUUCCGCCACCAUGGUGGUCAGCAAGCUGCAAACUCGCUUGCGAGGAAUCAUGUCCGAAGAAUCUCAAGAAGAUGAGCGACUUCAAGCGCUCGAGUCUCAUCUGGAUACUGUCCAAACAGAUUUCCGUGCCGUCUUCCUUCAGUUGUUCACGCGCUUCCAAGUCGUUAUUUCAGAUCACCUGAGCAACGCGCGUCAGAAUGACACUGCGUACAACACACCGUGGUUUCACCACACUGUGGCACGUCUGUUAGAUGUUGGACGCAAGUAUCACGAGGAAAUCUCCGCCUUUGCAGAGCGGUUGCGAAUGCUCGUCUUUACGGAUGAUGUGGAUGAGCGCGUUCGAGACAUUUUCAACCAGCUUCGCAGCCUGCACGAAUGAUGAUUUUUGGUUUUUGACGCUUUGGUUGUACUUUUUCGCCAAACAAAUCGACCUGCGUGAUAUUCAUUUCAUUGUUACGGACGCUUCCAACACAAAGCACAAAAUAAUCCUGAAAAAAUAAAACCCC